AUGACCGGGAUCGAAAAUUCUACCUCUACUGAAAUUCCACCGACUAAAGGUAAAGGUAAAGCCGUCGAAGAAGAUAUUGUUGUAGAAAAGCCUAAACCAGCUAACCAAGUAGCGGUCGAAUAUCAACUUAAGGCUAUCGAGUGGAUUGAACCUUCGGGAAAAGUUCGAAAACUAAAAGUUAUCACACAAAAUGAGAAUGGACCUUGCCCUUUAUUAGCACUUUGUAAUGUAUUGCUUUUGCGAGGAGAUAUUGAAAUAAAACCAUAUGAUCGUCCAACUGUUACUUACGAUUUUCUCGUAGAAUUAUUAGGAGAUUAUUUACUGAAAUCAAUUCCACAAGGAGAAGCUGAGAUUCAGAAAAGAUUACAAGUGACAAACGGGACAUUAUCCCCAAAACAAGAGGAAAAAGAAAGAGAAUCACAACCAAAAAAUAAUACAAAUGGGAUUGAAGAUAUAACAAAUAAAGUUCAAUGUAUUGCUUUAGAAGAUGGUGUGACGGAUAAAGGGAAUCACCAACCUAAUGGUGAUUUCGAUUUAACAAGGCCAUCUUUGCAAGAUUAUCAUCAUACACUCAACGCUGCUCUAUCUAUCAUUCCAUCAUUACAAACUGGGUUAGAUGUAAAUGUUCGAUUCAACUCAAUUCACGGCUUUGAACCUACUGCGGAAUUAUCUGUUUUUGAUGUUUUCCAUGUAGAUCUUGUUCAUGGAUGGGUAGUUGACCCACAGGAUGAGGAUACUUGGAAAGUAGUGGUUGGAAAAUGUAGUAGUUAUAAUAGAGCAGUAGAAUGUGUUGUCGGAGGUGAUUCUGUGAGCAAAGGUAUUGUGGUUGAAAGUUCUAAUAAAGCUUCAAACAACGGUUUUGAGGAUUCGCAAGGAACUCUAAAUGAUGAGGAUAGCGUUAGAGUGCGUGAUGCUCUGAUUACUUCUUCAUUUUUGGAAUCUACUGCGACACAACUCACAUAUCAUGUCACUGAUGCAGGAUUUGUUCAUGAAAGAUCUGUAGUAUGGGAAUCUCUUAUCGAUGUUGAUCAAAAUGCUUCAGAAUUUGUAAAUGGACAAUUUCAAAAAGGUGAAGCUACAGGCGGUGAUUAUGUAGACGUAAUAGAAGAACACAAUGAUUUAAUGGGAGUUAUGCGUUGGCUUUGA